AAAUCAAAUAGAAUUUUGGGUUGGAGGGUAGAACUAGAACCCAUGGAGAAUACAUGCAGAAAUUACCUUUCCAGCGUAGAAUUGAAAUGUAGCUCCGUUCGGGCGUAGGUGUGGGUGUGGGGUUUUAGGGUUGAUUCAGCGGGAGGAGCAAUCAGAUAAUUCUUUUCACUCGUCUUCUCCGAUGGGACACCACGAGCAGCAAAAACAAGAACAUCCAUCACCGCCUCCGCCUCCGCCUCCUCAGCCGCCUGCCUCCGAGGACAAUCCUUCUCCUUCCCUUCCUCGAUUCGAUCCCAGCCGAAUGAUUGGUAUAAUCAGAAGGAAGGCCUUGAUAAAAGAAUUAGCUGCUGUAUACCAUGCGGAGUGCCUUUCAUACUGUCAAGAACUUUUGGAGCUUCAAAGAAAAUGGGAAGAGCCAUUUCCAGGCAUAAAACCUGCGGAGGAUGCGAGAAAAGAGACACUAAGGCCCUCAAAACGCACAAAGAAAUCCCACUAGGCAUCAAUUUGAAUGGACCCUAUUGCUCGGUCAGCACUCACAGUUGCGCAAUCCAGGGAGUCGUACUUAUGGAGCAUUGGCUUGUAACUGCUUGUGGAUGGGAUGUGGCCUCAGUAGCAGCAUGAAAGACCCUGCAUGUGGAGUUGCAUUUAAAUUCACUGAUACUCAGAAUAGGGCUCCAAGGAACUGAUUGGAGUGGGUUUGCAUAAUAUGCGUUCGCCUUGAUUCAUCGUUCUGUAUAUGUUAUUUUAGGGAUCAUAUUGAUGUUUCAAAAGGUCCAUCUUGGCGAAUAUGAUGAUGAUGCAAAUAUGCCAGUCACAUGUAUAAUAUUCUGGUGCAAAUAUGCCAGUUUUUUUUUUCCCUCUCUCUCUCUCCAGACAUUCAUUCUUUGAUAUGAAGAAUCUAGUGCAGAGGAAUUUGGAAACAUUAGGCUGUUAAAUCAUUGGUGAUCGGAAAAAUAGUUGCUGCAUGUUUUUGCUGCGGCUAAUGACUAUAUGUUCUUAUAGAUGGAUGCAUUUUUUUAA